AUGUCGGAUACAACUAUUGAAACCCAUCAAACGGUACCAGAAGAAACAAAUGAAACUGAGCAAACAUCAUCAAUAAAUGGGGAAAAAACUUCUACAAGUGAACCAAUGGAUCAACAUCAAACAGAUUCAAUAUUAAAUAAGGUAAAUAAUGAUAUAUCAUCCAAUGAAACAUCAACAAAAGAUGAUUCAACAAUAAGUAAACAAAAAACAGAUUUAUCAACAUUACCAACACGUGCUUAUCUUGAUCAAACUGUUGUACCUAUACUUUUACAAGGUAUGUCACAAUUAGCUCGUGAUCGUCCAGCUAAACCAAUUGAAACUUUAGCUUUAUAUUUACAACAAAAUAAAGAAAAAUAUGGUGAAUAA